GACAAGGACAAGGACAAGGACAAGGACAAGGACAAGGACAAGGACAAAGACAAGGACAAGGACAAGGACAAGGACAAGGACAGGGACAGGGACCGAGAUAGAGAAAGAGAUAGAGAUAGAGAUAGAGAGAAAGAUAGGGAGAGAGAACGAGACAGAGAAAGAGAUCGUGAUAGAGAUAGAGAUCGUGAUAGGGAUAGGGAUCGUGAUAGUGAAAGCAGCCGACGGCGCAGAGAGCGAGAGCGAGAGCGAGAACGAGAACGAGAACGUAGUCGGGAAAGACUUCGGCGCGAACGUGAGGAAAGGGAGGAAAGAGAAACAAGAAGAACCCGACGUUCAAGAAGGCGAAGUCGAAGUUAUAGUCCCAGACGUCGCAGUCACAGUCCAAGACAUCGUUCGCGUUCUCGAUCGAUAACACCUAUUAAUAGAAGAAGAAAAAAAUUAAAUAAUUGGGAUGUUCCACCUCCAGGUUAUGAAGGAAUGACAGCUGAACAAGUUAAAGCAACAGGGCAUUUUCCACUUCCUGGACAACCUGCUACCACUAGACCAGCUGCAGUACCAACUUCUCCAGUAAUACCAGGAAUGGAUCCUUCACGUGCUGCAAUGAUGAUGGGUAUGACUCAUGAACUUCCCCCUCGCCCUAAAGUUAGUCAAGGAGCUGCGGGUCCAGUUGCACAGACCGCUUCGCUUGCGAGACAAGCAAGACGUCUUUAUGUUGGGAAUAUUCCGUACGGCAUUGAUGAGAACGGUUUAUCGGAUUUUUUCAAUUCGACAAUGGUUCAAUUAAAUAUUACUACUGCACCGGGUAAUCCUGUUAUUGCUGUUCAAAUAAAUCACGACAAAAAUUAUGCAUUUGUUGAGUUUCGAGCUCCUGAAGAAGCAACAGCAGCGAUGGCCUUUGAUGGAAUCACAUUUCAAGGCCAAUCAUUAAAAAUACGACGUCCAAAGGAUUACCAACCGCCCCCAGGACAAAAUCUUGAACCGCCACCGAUUCAUGUUCCUGGUGUCGUUUCUACUAAUGUUCCCGAUAGUCCCAACAAAAUCUUUAUUGGGGGAUUACCUACUUAUUUAAAUGAUGAACAAGUUAUGGAAUUAUUAAAAUCCUUUGGUGAACUUCGAGCGUUUAAUUUAGUUAAAGAUAGUUUAACGGGUGUAUCUAAGGGCUUUGCAUUUUGCGAAUACGUUGAUCCAACUGUUACUGAUUUGGCUUGUCAAGGUUUGAAUAACAUGGAAUUGGGUGAUCGUAAACUUGUAGUGCAACGUGCAAGUGUAGGUUCCGCCAAAAAUGCGGGGGUUACGAAUGUAUUAUCGACUUCAGUACUUAUUCCAACUGGCAACGGUGAAAUGCUACCGACAGCAGUUCUUCAAUUACUUAACAUGGUCACUCCCGAAGAAUUAGUAGACGAUGAAGAAUAUGAAGACAUAUUUGACGAUGUUCGAGAGGAAUGUUCUAAAUUUGGAAAUGUAUUAGAUAUGAAGAUACCACGACCGGGACAUGGUGGAACAGAAAGCGGUAUUGGCAAGAUUUUCGUGCGUUAUGAAACAAUAGAUCAAGCGGGUAUUGCACUUCGUGCAUUAGCCGGUAGGAAAUUUGCUGAGCGCACUGUUCUAACAUCAUAUGUUAGCGAAGACACUUAUUUUUCCGAUGACUUUUAAUCAUAAUAUUUUACGAUGCUUCUUUGUUAUAAUAUAUUGUUAUCUAAAUAGUUUCAUGGUUAGUACCGAUGCUAACAAAUUAUUGGUUUAAUGAACAAAGUUUACAUUUGAAUGAUUUAAUCUAGUAAUUUUAUAAUAAACUAAAUGACGAUUCAAACAUUUUAAAAAAAAAAUAUUUACAAUACAUUCAACCGCAGGAAUUAGUUGUAAAAUCAAUAAAAAUUAGCCAAAAAAUUACAAUAAACAAUAAAAGUUGAAAC